ACUUAGUAGCAUAUUUUGUUGAACGAACAUAGAUAAAACAGAAACGGAUAGUGGUUUAAAUUAUUAAAAAAAUACAGACGAAUUGAUGACCUCCUACUUUUGGGAAGUCUGUUUUACUUUUUAAUAUGGUUUUCAUAUAUGCCGGCUUUUAAGUUUACUAAGUCGCUGAGCUGAAUACCAUUUAUGGUGUAGCUGAGCCUACCAGGGUGUACAGCGCGCUAACCUGGGGCCGCCAAAAUAUUUGAAAAAAGUAAUACGAAUUUUAAUUUUCUGCUAUUUUAGUUGUAAAGAAUUUUUUGAACGAGUUUUUGAACAAUAAACAAUUGUCUAUGUUAUAUGAAACAUGUCUGAAUACAACACAAUGUAACGAAAUGAUGAGGAUUUUUAAAAAAAUAAUAUUGCCUGUAUACAAAAACAUGGAUGAAAGUUAUAGUAAAUCAGAAAAAUUUAAUAAAGUCGUAAAUAACACUAAUAAAUUAAUAAUAAGAAAUCCGAAACAAACAUAUUCUCAUAUAAAAGGCUUCAUUGAGAUUUUAAAGUUACAUAAAUCUAAGAAAAGAGGAGAUUUUGUAACAUUGGCAACAAAUUUAAAAGGAAACAAACUUGAAGAGGGCAAAAAGAGAAAACCUGACUGUGCUUUAAAUAAUAAUAAGAAGAUUAAAACAUGUAUUAAUUUAGAUAAUUAUGAACCACCUAUAGUAGUUUUAGAUGAGGAAGAUGAUGUAGUUUGUCUUGAUGCUAUAAAAAGUAAAAAAAAUAGUGAUUGUCCACAAACAAAUUCAUUGUUAUCAAAUUCUACAAAUUUAAAUACAUCGAAUGUAAAUGAGAAUGGUUUCAAUCCAAAAAUGUUAAGUAAAGAAAAUCCCCUUUUAAUACCGAGAACUGAUGUAAAUCAUGAUUCUCAGGAUUUUGAGAUUCAUAAAUUAGAAAGGUUGAUGGCUAAAUUUAGGAAAAAGAUUAUUCAUUUGGGAAAAAGAGAAGUUCUGAAUGAUGAUGGUACAUCUCCAUAUAUCAUACGUGAGAAAUAUCAAAAGACUUUAGUUAAAUUAUAUAAGAAAUGGUGUGAAAUUGUGGGAACAGAUUUUGUUAGGAGUAAGAAAUUAACCCUGAAAGUACAAGAUGGACACCCGCCAGGACCAGUUAGAAGACUUGAAGAGUUUUUAAAUAACAACACUGGCAGUGACGGCUGCCCUCUGUUUCCUGAUUUCAAUGAUGUUGUGGAAUGUGUACUUCAAUCUAAUAGACAGGAUGGACUUUCAUGGAAUAAAGCAAGAGUUAUGAGGGAAGCCACAGCAUUAUUUACUCAGUGCGGUCGCGCGCUUCAAAAGCGGCGGAAAAAGCAAGAAUGGUACCAUCUUAUGACAAUGGUGGAACAAGAAGAAUGUUUCGUAGACCCUGCAGAUACGAACCCUGAGCUUGAGGCGCGGUUACAAGAAAAUAAACGACGGGCUGUAAUAAAGGAAUCUGCAAUUAUGAAGAGAUUUUCGUUACUGCAAGAUUCAACAUGGAGAGAUAAAAAUAAUGGAGAAUCAAACACAUUAACACGAGAUAUUGGAAAUACAAUAAAAACUGAGGACAUCAAAGUUGAACAGAACAUUGUUGAAGUGAAACAAGAAUGUAUUGACAUUGUCAAACAGCUUGAAGAACUGGGUGAUAGUUACACAACUGUUGUACAGGAUAUUGAAGAUCCUUUCCUUGUUGUUGAAAUAUCUGAUACUUCAGAUGAGGAAUAGAUCUGGUCUCCACAGCUGAAAAGAGCUUACAAAUUGAUCGUCUGGUGCUGUCUUAAAAUUAUUUUAACAUAAGUCUGUUAUUAAUGUAUGUUUCAAAUAUCUUUACGGUUUAGAUAAUCAAGUUAUGCAAUAUUUUGCGUAAAUAAAGAGGACGCAAAGGCACAGUUUAAUGCGAGCGUCUUAAGAUUUUGUAUUUGUUAUAAUCUCGUAUUUUUUUUAAAUAUAUUUUAUACUCAGGUCUUCUUUUAUCUGAGCUCAGUGGCCCGGAGUAGAAUCAUUAUUUAACAUACUCAUAUCUUUAGUUAUGUUUUUCUUACAAAACGUUUUUAU